AUGGAUUCUGCAUCUUUAUCACCAACAGUUUUAGUUGCGGAUCUGACAGUAUUACACAUUGAAUGUCUUCCCAAGGAUAUUCUUGUGAAAUUUCAAGGCAAAAAUAAUAAGGAAAGCCAGUUUGACUAUCACAUAUUACAGAGGGAAAUACAGUAUAUUCCCAAAGUGAAAGGUAGUGUGGAUAUUGAUGAGUUUUGUUUGGUGGAAGAAAAAGUAACCGGAGAAUGGCAGAGAGGAAGAGUUGUGGAAAAGAAAAAUGAACUCUACACAGUGCUCCUGAUCGACCAUGGAGAAGAGCUAAGAGUUGAUAGUACUCGGGUAGCUUCAGCUUGUGAAAAGUUAUUUGAGCUCCCACCACGAGUAGUAUUUGGUAUUUUUUCCAACAUUCUUCCAGUUGGAGAGAAAUGGUCUCCUAAAGCUUUGAAUUAUUUAAAGUCACUAGUAGGAAUACAACUGAAAGGUUAUGUACAGACUGUUUUGCCUCUUCAAGUGAUUCUUCUUGAAGUGCCAAAAAUUAUAUCUGAGGUCCUUGAAUUACAACUAGGAAGAUUUAUUGAUAGAGAUACAUUUCGUCUUAUUGUGGAAAUGUUGAAGCAAUUCCCUCAGCAGAUGCCAGACUCAUUACAACAUAAAAGACCAGAAUUACCACUAAGUAGUAAUAGUACUUUACCUCAUGUUCAACAUGUCUUGGAUAAUUUCCAGCAGUACUUGUUAGUAGGAAGUUCGGGCAGUGUAAAGGUAUCAUCUGCUCUGAGCCCUGGUAAAUUUUAUUGUCAGUUAAUUAAAUGGAUUCCAGAGCUAGAAAACCUGACAGAGUGUAUGAAUUUGCAUUAUGAUAUGAUCAGUCAGGAAACUAGUCCCACGUGUGAUAAUUUUGGACUAUUUUGUGUUGCUAAAGGGAUGAAUGGACAGUGGCAAAGAGGAAUUCUUCAGCAGCUCUUGCCCAAUAAUCAAGCAAAAAUUUGGUUCAUGGACUAUGGCAAUAGUGAAUCCGUACCUUCAAUUCAUGUAAAGAAAUUAAAACAGGAUUUUAUUUAUGCACCAUUGUUUUCAUUUCCAUGUUCUCUGACAUGUUUAUAUUGUCCAGACAGAGAUGCAAGAAAACGUCAACUGACUGUAUUUAAGCAAGCCUUACUAGGACAAAUAGUAUAUGCCCACAUUGACUGGUUUAGUAAGGAUGAACGUUUGUAUUAUGUGACAUUACAGUCUCAAGAAUCUGGUAUUGAUUCUAAGUGUCUGCUGAAGACUGCAGGCACACAAAUACUGUGUCCUGUGUUUGAUUCAAGAACAUCCCAAGCCUUGAGUGAGAUAAGUGUUUCUCAUAUAAACAGCCUUGGAGUUGAUAGUUUUGUUGCAAAUGUUAAGCAGUUGUCAGGUGUUCUAAAUAAGAAAGGUGAUUUAGAAGCAGGUUUUCCUAUUAAAACUUUAAAAAUGGAGCUAGAGACUACCUAUAUAGCUUUUGUAGUAAAUGUAUUGAGCCCAUCAAAUUUCUGGGUACGUAUUAAUGAACAUCAGAAUGAAUUCCAAGAUAUAAUGAAAAAUAUAGAUAAAUUUUAUAACUCACUUGAAAAUGAUGAGCUAAUUCUGAAAAACCCUAAACCUGGAUUACUUUGUUGUGCCAGACAUAGCAAGAACAGAUGUUUUUACAGAGCUGUCGUCACUGAAAUAAAUGAUUAUCAGAUUAAUAUUUAUCUCCUAGAUUAUGGAAGUACUGACUCCAUACCAUUUUUUGAUGCAAAAAUUUUGCUUCCAGAAUUUUGUGAGCUGCCUUCUUUAGCCAUGCACUGUUCACUUGCCCAUAUAUUUCCUGUUGAUGAUUUAUGGAUACAGGCAGCAAUUGAUUAUUUCAAAAAAAUAGUUUUGAACAAAGCAAUUUUGCUUCAGGUUAUAACAAAAAAAUAUGAGAAGUACAUGGUAAAUAUUCAGAGUAUGGAAGCAUCAGAAACUAAUGAUGUUGUCUCUCUGAUGCUACAAACGGGAUAUGCCCAAACUUGGGACAUAGAGCCAGAUUUUCAAAAAUCUGUAAGUGAAUAUUCAAUGUUAAAUUCAAAAUCUGUAGACACAGUUAAUAUUAAAAAUGCUACUGUUUCCAUCCUUGUUGAAAGUCCUAAACCUAAAAAAUAUUCAUAUAAGAUGAAACAAAAAAUCCCAUCUUGGUAUAAGUUCUCAGAUUUUAGAAGUCCUUCUGACUUGUUCUUUGGACUUGACUCAUCACAAUCUUAUAAGGAAUAUGUGUUCAAACCAGGAAAACGUCUCAGAGUCAACUGUUCUUAUUAUUAUGGCCCAGGUGACUUUUCAUGCCAGCUUCAAUGUAAAUUAGAAGACUUAAACUUAAUGAUGGAACAAAUUCAAGAUUAUUAUAGCAUUCAUUCUGAGCCAUAUCAGUCUGGGCACAUUGCUUGUGUUGCUAAGCAUUCUAAAGAUGGGAAGUGGUACAGAGCUGCUUUUUUGACUCAAGUAUCAGAACAAGAAGCUGAAAUAAUAUUUGUUGACUAUGGCAAUCAAGAGAGAGUUUUAAUUAAAGAUCUUUGUGCUAUUAACCCACAUUUUCUUGUUUUAGAAGCCCAAGCCUUCAGAUGCUGUCUUAACUAUUUAGUUGAACCCAUUAGUUGUAAACUAUUAUAUUGGACAGCAGAAGCAUCCAGAAACUUUUGCAAUUACAUUUCUUCAUGUAGAGGAUUGUUAACUUGUAUUGUGUAUGCCUUAGUUCUUAUACACCCUAGAUGUUUAUGUAAUUUAGUGGAUCUAUACUCAUCACAUACUAGUGCAAAUGAAUUUCUCCUUCACUGUGACUCUAUACAAUACAGCAAGUUAUCGAAACCACUCCCAUUUUCAGUUAGUCUUUAUACUUACUAUUAUUCUUCCUUUGAUAUAAACAUUGGAAGCGAAGAAGAUGUGUAUAUUUCCCAUGUGUACAGCCCCCAAAAGUUUUAUUGCCAGCUUUGUAGAAACAAUAAAGAUCUAGAGAUGCUGGAGACAAGAAUCACAGAGAUGAUUAGCCUCAAAAAUUGCCCUAAGUAUGAUUGGAGCAAAAUGAGAUUAUGCGUCUCUAAAUGCGUAGAAGAUGGUCUCUCAUAUAGAGCCUUAGUGAAGCCAACGAAGUUAUCAUCUGACCCUUGUGUUUACUUUGUGGACUUUGGAAACGAGCAAUUGGUAGAAGAAAAUAUGUUGUGGGCCAUUUCUGAUGAGUUUCCAGAGCUACUAUUUACACCUAUGCAAGCAAUUCAAUGUUUUCUGUCAGAUCUUAGAGAUAUAGAUAUUCCAGGAGAAAUCAAUAGGUGGUUUGAAGACAAUUUCUUAGGAAAGUCAUUAAAAGCUGUAAUACUGUCUAGGGAAUCUGAUGGUCAGCUUGGUAUAGAGUUAUAUGAUGGGUGUCAACAUAUAAAUCAGACAAUAAAAAUGUUACUUAGUGUUUAUGGAAAAAAACAUUCUUGUCAAGCAGGGCGCAUGGAAAAGAAUCAGAGAUGAAACAAGACAGUUGCUGCUCUUUUGAAGGGAAACACAGAAAAUAGCUAUCACCAUAAAACAGUAAACAAAACUAGCCUGGCAACAUAUUCUGAAAAGGAAAUAGAUCAAUUAAUAAUUACCCAAAGUAUAUAUGCCAAAGUUUUGAAACCAUCAAUUUGUUGUAAACUUGAACAAAAAAGUGAAGAAGUUCUUGGAUGACAAACUUAAAAAAAAAAUAGAAGUGUAAAAUUUGUCCCUGGGUCUGCACAUAUUCUCGAAGAAAAUGAAGCGAGUUCCAAAUCAGGAGAUAAGGUUUCACGGUCAUUUAUUAGAGACUUAAAUCAAGCAGAUUCACAAAGCCCAGGUAUACUUGUUAGACCACAGAUCAAAGAGCUGCCUCAAUCUCACCUGGACUUUAGUACCCAAGAUAAAGGAUGUGUAUCUGAUAUCAGUUAUCCAGACAGUUUUCAUAUUCCUCUUGCUGAGAAUGAAAAUGAAGCCAUUAGAUAUACAGAUGCUCUAGAUGAAAGAAGAGCAAAGAGACAGAAUUCAGGGAGCCCUCUGGUGAGAGAUCUUGUAGAAUACUCUCCUGAUGGUGCCACGGACACAGAAGUUACUAAGAAGGUCCUGCCUGAUGCUUCUUUAAAAGUGAAGAUUUUUGACCAUGGCAAAACUGCAAUAAUAAACACUUGUAAAGUUUAUACACUUAACAGGGAAUCCUUAAAUUCUCAGCUAGGAAUCUGUUGUUCUGUUCUGAAUGGAGUAAAAUGGAAUGGGCAGCCUGAAACGUAGAAAAGCAAGAUUGCUGAUUAUUUUGCCUCAGGAAUAAGUAACAAAACAGUUUCUUGUGAGUUUUUGAAAAAGCAUGGUCACAAUUUUGAAGUAAAAUUACCUUGUAGUGAUAAAUGUGUCAUUAAGAAAUUGCUGAAGUGGUCACCAUGUCCGAAACUACAGAGCACAGUAUUGUAAACAUCUGAGGUUGUCUCUCAAAAGGUUAGUCUUUGUGAUGACAAUGAAAGGAAGGAAGGAAGAUUAAAUGAACAUGAAGGUUCCGUGACCCUUCAACCACUUGUCCAACAGCUUGUUAAAAUUCCUUCUCAACCUUUAAGACCUGGACAACUAGAAAAAGCUGAAAUAUUUUUCAUUUAAAAGACUGGAAAAUUUCAUUUGAUAUUACCAAAAAAUCAGAAAAUGUCAGAUUUGGUAGUAGUUACCGAAGAAGAUAAAAUUUUCUCCUUUUUAUCAAUGAAUAAUAUUGAAAAGGGUUUAGAAUGCUUGGUGACAUCUAAACAAUAUUUAAAGUGGUACCAAUCAAAAAUAGAAAAGCAGUGUGUGAGUGAGACAGCACUUGUGCUUUUAGUAGAUCGUGGGAGGUAUGAGGUAGUACCUAUAAGCAAUACCGGGGAGCUUAGCAAUGAAAUCAGAAAUGUUCCAAGACAAGCCACACUUCGAAAAUGGAUUUGGUUUGAAGAUUCUAAGAAAAUUCCACUUGAGUUCACUGUGUGCUUAGUUGCUUAUUUGGAAAUGAGCAUCCUUUUUUCGGAAUUAUUUAGAUUAUUCUUGGGAUUAGAAAUUUUGAUAGAUAACAUGUUGAUUUUGAAAUAUUUAAAUGUGAAUAUAGUUCAGGUGGGAGAAAACAAACUGCAGUCUUCAGGAGAUAGCUUCUCUCUAGAACCUCAGAUUCUCGAGUGUCCUUGUGCAAUACGACCAUUUACUUGGGCACAACUUCUAAACGGUUGGCGGUACAGCAGUAUUGCCACUGCUGUUUCUGAUCCCUCAGACUUCUAUGUUCAGUUAGAAGAUUUCUUUGAUACAAUGAAGCACAUCUUUAUGCUGCUUUCAGAUCUACGAGAAACCUUACAAACAUUGCCUCAAGAGCUGGUAAUUCCUGGUUCUAGUUGCUUGUUCAAAAAUGAAUUGGAAGAUCAGUGGAACAGAGUAGAAAUUUCUGAAGUUUCUGAUAAGCCUUUACUUCUUGUGAUGAUAGACUAUGGAUUUUCUGUUUGUGUACCUUAUUCAUAUGUAAUAAAUCUUAAAGUUGUACCUGAGAAAACUAUGAAUUUGCCAAGUCUGAGCUAUCCAUGUGUCCUAUACGGUGCUUUAUCUGUUCCAGGGAAGCACUGGAGUAAUAAUUUUUUUCAAGAUUUCCUAAGCAAACGAGGCUUAGUUUUCCAGUUUAGGUCAUCUGAUUCUGAAGUAAAAUUUGAAGUAGAUGUCAUUCAUGAGAACAGCAGUUUAGCCCAGGUGUUAAUUGCAUCUGGUGUUGCAAUGUACUCCAAGGAUGUAGCCCAUCCUGAUGCAGUUACUGAUACUAGAUCUGCUGAAAUUGCAUGCAAACUACGGAGGAAUCCUAUUUUUUCCCACCAUUAGAUCAAAAUUGCUACAAAAAAGACAAUGUUAAUUAUAGCACAGAUAAACCAAACCAGCAAAGAAGAAACCUAUAAAGAUGAGAAAAGUCUAUGAGUCUCUUAAGGAAAAACCACAUUAGUAAAAAAUUUCAUCCUAGAAAUUUAAAAAUGAGAAGAGAAGCUGACGGUGCUAAACUGAGUUUCCACAGCACCUUCACGUUUGAGUUGUAUGUAGCAGCUUCGUGUGGGGAGCUACCAGAUCGUUUGAAGAACAACACUGAUUGCUUUGAAAAUACUGUUGAAAAUCUACCAAUUAAAGGAAUCCAGGAGAAGAACAAUACAGUGGACUGAAAAGAAAGCAACAGUAGAAGCAGUGGGUGUUAAUGUGAAAACCAUACCAGAAUACUUAAAAACUCUUGCCUCCAGGUUCCUGCCCUGAGUUCCUACCUUGG